UUCAUUCUAAUCGGAAAUAAAUUGAAACGCCCGAAUCUAGCCAUUGCUGAACUGUCAUGGCGUCUGAAAUGAAGAAAAAAAUAAGAACGAUACAUAGGGUUCGUUUCUUGGACAACAUAAAGAGAACAGAUGAACAGAAGUAAUGUCCACAAAACAGCAUCAAAGUUAGUACAUGGAUAUACUUACCUUCUGAAACAUCAUUACAACUGAAGAACAAUACCAGAGAUCUCAUAUUGUGAAAGGUCUAUCUCUAAUAUCAGUGAAAGGGAAAUAUCAGUCCAAAAAUGGUUCCGUUCCUUUCAGUUUUUACAAAGUUACAAUAAACUAUACACUGAGUCUGUAGAUCUGAUCCUGUUACAAAAUAUAGAAGGCGUUAAAGUUGUUCAUCAGUGUUUUGUACAAAGACAAACCAUUCGUGGGUUUUGCUCCGGUUUCUUCCCACUGCUAAAGACCCAUCAAGACAAGCGAUUUAUUGAUUGGUACAAGACAGUCAGCUCGAGGAUCAUAAUUCAAUACAUUUGAUCCGUACAAUACACAACUAGCAAACUCAAUCGGAUUAAAAUACAGAUCUAUAUUUUGUUUCGUUUUUUUUUUAUAUUUUCAAUGGCCUACACUACAUCAACAUCUGAUAAACGAGCGGCUUUUGACCCUAUGAAGUCAGACAUUGAUUAUUUAAUAAGCAUUGACGUUUCUAAUGGUUUACCCACAACUCUUCCAGAUCCUAGUGUAGUAAAGACAAGUUAAAUAAAAUUUUGAACUAUAAAAACGAAACGAAAUAGGAUCUGUGUUUUAACCAGAUUGCCAGCAAACUGAGCACUAUAUUUCUUCUGAGCAAAAAAAUAAGAUGGACCAUGAUGAUACUAUACACCACAACCAACAAACUAGUGAUGUGUCUCUAGAGGAAGAUGACACCACUGAUUGUGAAGAUCCCCACAUGGAUCACCACAACCAACAAACUAGUGAUGUAGCUCUACAGGAAGAUGAGACCACUGAUUGUGAAGAAAUGCGCAUGGAUCACCACAACCAACAAACUAGUGAUGUGGAUCUACAAGAAGAUGAGACCACUGAUUGUGAAGAACCCCACAUGGAUCACCACAACCAACAAACUAAUGAUGUGCCUCUACAGGAAGGUGACACCACUGAUUAUGAAGUACAGCACAUGGAUCACCACAACCAACAAACUAGUGAUGUGGCUCUACAGGAAGAUGAGACCACUGAUUGUGAAGAACCCCACAUGGAUCAGUUGAAUGAUUCAUUCGAAAAUGAAGCAAGUUACAUAUGUAUUAGAAGAAAUGCUGGGAAUUCACUCGAGAACAUUAAUGACGAAGCAAUAGAUUAUGAAGAUACUGAACAAGAAAUUCUUCAUGGAAGCUCAGAAACUGAUGACGAAUACAAAGAAACUAUUCACCUCCAAGAAAGCUUAAAGACUAAUGAUGAACUUAUUGAUUACAAAACAAUUUCAUGUAAAAGACGAAGAACUUUCACUAAUAAAGUAAGAGAGGAGAAAGGAACUAAUGAUCCAAAAAGAAUUACAAAAAAUUCUGAAUACAGUUUAAACAAUUCUUCACACUAUAAAUGUGAUGUUUGUAAUAAAUCAUUCGAUAAUCCACUGGAACUACAAGUACACAAACGGGAUCACAUUCUACAGAUUCCUUUUCAAUGUAAUGUGUGUACUAAGUCAUUUAGUAGUUUAACCGAUUUGAAAACCCACGAAGAAACCCACGAAGAAGAUAAACCAUUCAAAUGUGAUUUUUGUGGUGAUUCGUUCAGUAAUCCGUUGGAAUUGUUGACCCACAGACAAAUCCAUACCGGAGUGAUGCUGUUUAAAUGUGACGAGUGCUCAUCAUCGUUUUGUACUCCACUGAAUCUGCUCAUUCAUAAGCAAAGCCAUUCAGGAGAAAGACUUUUUAAGUGUGAUGUUUGUUGGCAGGGAUUUAGCGAUCCGUUAGAAAUGCUGACCCAUAAACAGAUCCAUAUUAAGGAGAAUGUUCAUAAAUGUGAUGUUUGUAGUAAAUCAUAUAGUGAUCACACGGAACUUUUAGAACACAAAAAGAGCCAUCUUGAAAAUAAAUGUGAUGUUUGUAGUAAAUCAUUUAGCAAUCACACAGAAUUAUUAGAACAUAAACAGAGCCAUCUUAAGAAUAAAUGUGAUACAUUUAGCAAUCAUACGGAAUUAUUAAAACACAAAAAGAGCCGUCUUGAAAAUAAAUAUGAUGUUUGUAGUAAAUCAGACUUAUCAGGCCAUCUUGAAAAUAAAUAUGAUGUUUGUAGUAAAUCAUUUAGUGACGACACCGAAUUAGAAAACAAAAAGAGCCAUUUUGAAAAGAAAUGUGAUGUUUGUAGUAAAUCAUUCAAAACUUUAUCUGAUUUACAAACUCAUAAAAAAACUCAUUUAAAUGAUAAUAACCCCAUGCCUGUUAGGCCCUUGUGUGAUUUCUGCGGGCAAACAUUUAGUUCUAAAAACGGUCUACAAAAACACAUGAGUAUUCACACAGGAGAAAAACCCCAUAUUUGCAGUGUGUGUAAUCAGGCCUUUAGGAUCAGCAGCACCCUUCAAAAACAUAUGCGAACGCAUACGGGGGAAAAACCCUAUAUUUGUAGCAUCUGUGGUCAGAUGUUUCGAUUUAGUACUGGGCUAUGCAAUCAUAGCAAAAUACACACAGGAGAAAAAUCGUAUAUUUGUGAAGUUUGUGGUCGAGCCUUUGGACGAAACUUUCAUCUACAGAGGCAUCGGGUUCUUCACUCGGGUGAGAAACCUUUUAAAUGUGAUGUUUGUUCUAAGACUUACAGUGAAAAGAGCAGUCUACAGCAUCAUAUCCGACUCCAUCAUGCUUUGAUUGCGGACCAACAUGAUUCCAGUGUUUCGGGUACUCCGGGAAAUGAAAGCCAUACCGAAGGGCAGCCUUUUAAAUGUCUUGGUUGUAGCAAAUCUUUCACUGAGAAGAGCGAACUAGAGGAUCACGUUAAAAUCCAUGAGAAGAGAUAUGAAUGCGAUAUUUGUCAUAAGGUUCUACAGGCUCCAUCAAGUCUACAGAUACACAUGAGAAUUCACACCGGAGAAAAACCCUACAAGUGCAACGUCUGUAGUAAAUCCUUCGCUCAGAGUGGAGGGUUAACUCUGCACAUGAGGGAUCACACCGGCGAGAGACCCUAUAAGUGCCAUUUUUGUUACAAAGCUUUCAAACAGAGUAUUGGCUUAAAGGAGCAUCUCAGAAUUCACACUGGUGAAAAACCCCAUAAAUGUGAUGUUUGUGGUAAAUCAUUUACGCAAUUGAGUACACUACAGGCUCACGCGACCGUUCAUGUCGACGGCAAACUCUACAAGUGUGAUAUUUGUGGGAAAGCCUACACACGUAGCUAUAACCUUCAGGAACACGUCAGAACGCACACGGGCGAAAAACCUCAUAAGUGUAAAAUUUGUAACGAAGCGUUUGGCAGACCGUGUGAUCUGAGAUCCCACACAUGCUGGCCUGUACAUUCACACACAUCGGUUCAGGUUUAAAGAUGCGUUAUAUAAGAUUUAGAUAAAGAGCUGGUCGUUUUUGCUAUAAUAGUUAUAAUAUAGAUAAUGAAAAAUUAAUAUAUUGAAAAUUUCAUUCAAAUUACUUUAUUCUGAGCAAAGUUAUCAUUGUUUGCAGUUUUGACAAGAUGUGUGUAUCAAUCGUGUAUUAUCGUUACUGGGGUACUGGUAUAUUCAAGGUUUAGCCUCGCUUUCUCAUUUUAAAAUUAAAUCAUUAAAUGGCCGAACCAUUCUAAUCUACAUGUAGUUAAAAUCUUGAGUAUCCGAUAUCAUCAAGAGUUGAUUAUGGUCUUGUUUUGUUAAUAAAUGUCUAAUUAAUAAAAGCUCUUGAAUAAGGUAUCUUUAAUGUCAGACAUUCAUUUCAUUUAAGUACAGAUUAUCAAUCAAUUUUGUAAAUGAAAUGGAGUUUAACGUCCUACUGUUCUGCUCCGAACUGGGCUAAUGAAGACGGACAUACGCCAUACAGUGUACUAUGAGGGAAAUUUUGCCCGGAUAGCGGCACUACGGCCUACUGUUAUAUCGAAUUCCAACUGUUAAGAUAUCUUUUACGUGCAUGUCAAUGUGUACACAGGACCUCGGUUUUUCGUACCAUCCGAACAACUAGACAUCUGUCCUUGUCAGGCCCUCCGUUUUGUAACAAGAUAAUGUUAGUGGCUAUAUGUAUAAUUACCUUUGAUUAAAAUAUAAUUUAUAGAAUUUGUA